AUGUCAACAAACAUACUUUUCAUUUUAAUUUCUUUAACAACAUCAUUUGAACGGGUGAAAUGGUGUAAAUUAAAUAACAACUUCAGUUGCGUUGAAGUUAAUAAAAAUUGUCCAAAUAAACAAGAGUGGAGUGUUGUAGGCAAUAAAAUUAAUUUAUUAAAACAAACAAAUGGUCAUUUUACUUUUUAUUGCAACAUUUCCAGUGAACUUUUUGUUGAUAACUACGACAAAACAACAUUAUUAUUGUUUUCGACAAAAAUACGAAACCAUAUAUUGUUUUUAUCAUUAAAAAAAAGAUUAAAAGAACGUGUUACAGAAUCACGAUACAUAUUAUCUCAAAAUUUGCAAACGAUUGUAAAACAAAUUAAUUGUGGUGAUUACACAAAUUGUACUUCUUGUACAAGUGAUAAUAAUGGUUUGUAUUGUAGUACUUGUUCACAGGGUUUUUUUAAAAACGGGAAAAAAUGUGAUCCUUGUUAUACUGGAUGCGCUUCAUGUAAUGGUUAUUCAUCAACUACAUGUUUCUCAUGCAAAGAAAAUUAUUAUUAUGAUACAAGUAAAAAAACUUGUAAUUAUUGUCCUUUCCCUUGUUCUGCGUGUUAUUAUCCAGGAGUGAAUGGGAACUGUAGUAAGUGUUAUACUAGUUUUUACUUGCAUCAAUAUACAUGUACACGAUGUUCCUCUCCAUGCAACACGUGUUUCGACCCAGGUAACAACGGGAGUUGUGAAUCAUGUAUCAGUGGAUAUUACUUAACAGAAAACACGUGCUCUUUAUGUAACUCGACAUGUGAGACCUGUUAUGGAAGCGAAUAUAACCAAUGUAAUACUUGUGUAUCGGGGAAAAGAUAUCUUAGUAAUGGUCAGUGCAUUGAAUGUAUCAAUUGCAAAAGUGGGUCUUGUAAAACUGAUGGCUGCACUGAAUGCGUUUCAAUAAAUUACUAUAGAAAUGGAUACAAUUGCUUUCCAUGUGAUUCUUCAUGUGAGAGUUGUAAUGGUAAUUCGAGUUUAAAUUGUCUUAGUUGUUCACAGGGAAAAUAUAUUGACUCAAACCAGUGUAAAACUUGCGAUACUCACUGUUCAGAAACAAAGUGUUUACCAAAAGAUGGUUGUAUUGAAUGUACAUAUGGUUAUUUCUUAGAAAACAACACAUGCCACCCAUGCUCUGAUAUACCGAAUUGCUUUAAUUGUAGUCAAACCAAUAAACUGUGCCAUGAAUGUGUGGGAAAUUUUGAAUUAUUGAAAGGUAUAUGUGUAUGUAAAAAUGGAUAUUAUCUUAGUUCGCCAAAUAUAUGUUACAUGUGUUCUAAUGUUAUAAAUAAUUGUAAGAUGUGUCAUGGUGAUGCAAAUUUCAAAGCAAUUUGUGAUAGUUGUUAUGAACCUUUUGUUCUGAAUUUGAGUACUAAAACUUGUCAAAAAUGUGGCGAAAAAGAAUACUUUUUAAAUAAAGUUUGUACAAUCAAUGGUGAUGAUUGUUUGGAAAGAAUAAAUAAAAGUAUGUGUUUAAAAUGUGAUAUUGACAAUUAUCUUCAAAACAUGAGUUGUGAAUCCAAUUUAAUGGAUACAAAUUGUAUUACAAAAGGAAACGUUAUUUGUGAAAAUUGUAAUUAUGGUAUUUCACUUGUAGAUAAAUGUGAUAUUUCUAUUGAUAACUGCAAGUAUUAUUAUUCAACGAAAUUGGAAGAAAGAGCAAAAUGUUUACAAUGCAAAGAUAACACUAUAAUCUUCCAAAAUAAUAGUUGUACUGAUAUAUCAAACGAAAAAAGAUUGACCAGAAACAACAAAUAUUACACAUGUAAAAACGGUGAGUACAUUGAUAACAACAACAAUUGUCAGAAUUGUUCUAUUCAUUCAUUUGAAAAAUGCAAACUCAUAAAAAAUACAUUAAAUGCUUUGUUUUGUGUAAAAAAUUUCAUUAUAGAUGUUAUAAAUCAAAAUUGUUUUGCUGAUGAAAACUGUAUUAAAAUAUCAUCCAAUGACUGCGUAGAAUGUUCCAAAUUUUUCCAUUAUACAAUAGAACAUAAUAAAUGUAAAUUGAACAUUCUCAAUAAUUGUGCAAAAUACAAUCAAAACACUUGUGUUAUUUGUUCGGAAGGAUUUUUAUUAAAAGAAGAGACUUGUAUUAAAUUAUCAACAUUGAAUUGUGAAAAAUCAAACAAUUAUUCGUGUAUACAGUGUUUUCCGAGUUAUGUUCGUAAUUCAAACAUAAAAAAUACAACUUGUUGUGUGCCGACUGAUAAAAUAAUCAAAUACACAACACAAAGUUCCGAAGAAGUGUCAACAAUUUUGGAGUGUUCGGAUAAUUAUUUUCUUACAAAAGGAGGGUGUAUUUUAAAUUCUUCAACAACGACAUAUCAUAAAACAAUGAAAACAAAAAUAGGAAACGUUAUAAAUAAUUGCGAAAUUCAAACAACAAAAGGGUGUUUAAAAUGUUCAAAUACUUAUUAUUUGGAUUUGUUUUCAAAUGAUUGUCUUUCUUGUAAUUAUACAACAUCAAAAUGUUUAACCUGUUUCAACUCAACCUUUUGCAUAACUUGUGACACUUCAGUUUAUUUUCUAAACAAAAACCAUAUUUGUGAAUUAGCAAGUGAAUUGGCAAAACGGUGUACAAUGAUGCUUCCUUCACAAAGAGGGUGUGUAAUUUGUAAUGAUGGAUAUUAUCAAGAUCAAAAUGACUGUCUUCGAUGUGAUUCAACCUGUUCGACAUGUCAAGAAAUUUCAAAGUGUUUAUCUUGUAAAGAAAAUUAUUAUCAAAUACUCAGUGAAAGUUAUUUGUGUAAAAGUUAUGAAUCACUUACCAAUUGUGUUAAAAAGACUUCAAGUGGUUGUUUGCAGUGUUCCAAUGGGUAUUAUUUAGGUAAAGUUAUUCCUCGAUGUUACGAAUGUUCCAUGAAUUGUUUAUUGUGUUCAUCAGAAGAAACGUGUUUAAUAUGUGAUAUUAAUUUUGUCUUAGUUGAUAAUCAUUGCAAAUCAGUUUCUGAAAUUACAUUUUGUCUUUCAGCUGAAAAUUCAGUUUGUACAAAAUGUGGUAAUAACAAAAAAGUUUCAACAGAUGGGACGUAUUGUGUUGAUCAAAUUAAUUUGAAAUUGGUUAUUGCAUUGCCCGUUGUUCUCGUGUUAGUCACAUUUGUUAUUUUCUCUGUUUUCAUAUUUGUAUUUUAUAUAAUGCGAGUACACAGAAAGGAAAAGAACCAAAUGAAAAACGUUUGUGUAUUUGAUAUGAAAAAGUCCAACAUUUUAUUCUCAAAAUUGACACAAAAUUUAGUUUCAAACCAACCAGAAAUAAUUUUUGAAAAUGAACCAAUUGAAAACAAAGAUAGUACCGAUAUCCCAGUCGAUCAAGAAACUCGAGCACUUUUCUGUGUUGGUAACGUUUCAAAAAAUAAACAGAAAAUUCAAUUUAGUGUGAAAUCUGGAUGUGAUAUAUAUUUAAUUAGAACAGUGCCAACUUUAAUUACACUUAAAAGAAAUGAAGCUUGUGAAUUUGAAAUAUUUUUGAAACCUUAUUGUUCAUGUCAAAUUAACGACGAAAUUUUAUGUAUUUCACUUGACAUCAAGAAAGGGGAGCAAACCACUUCACCAAUAAAAAUUAAAGCAAAAACCAUAUUAACAACCAAAUUAAAUAAUUAUGAACUUAUUGAAUCAAAGAAACUUGGCGAAGGAUCUUUUGGAAUUGUUUAUAAAGGCAUAUUCCGAGGUGAGAGUGUUGCUAUUAAAAGACUUAAAAGUGGGUGUGAUGAUGAUACUAGUAUAAAAGAAUUUGAAAAAGAAGUACAAAUGUUGGAUAAAUUUCGAAGUGAUUAUAUAGUUUACUUUUAUGGAGCUGUAUUCAUACCAAACAAAAUCUGUCUUGUUACCGAAUUUGCUCAAUAUGGGUCUUUGAAGGAUUUGUUACAUGAAUAUGUUUUACAAGAUGAUUAUAUUAAUACAAAUAAAAAUUUACAAAGCAAAAAGUGUGUAACAAAAAAGUUGUGUGAAAAGUUUAUGUUAGACAUGGCAAAAGGUAUAUAUUAUCUACACAACAAUGGGGUUGUUCAUAGAGAUAUCAAACCCGACAAUUUAUUAAUUUUUUCGUUAUAUUUUUCAACACAAAUCAUCGCGAAAUUGACUGAUUUUGGAAGUGCAAGAAAUGUGAAUUUAUUAAUGACUAAUAUGACUUUCACCAAUGGUAUUGGAACACCAAAAUAUAUGGCUCCUGAGGUUUUGAACAAAGAAAAAUAUAAAAUGCCUAGUGAUAUAUUUUCGUUUGCCAUAACAAUGUAUGAAAUAUUUGGGUGGAAAGAGCCUUAUCCCAAAAAUGAAUUUAAAUUUGCAUGGAGUAUAGCAAACUUUGUCACAAAUGGAAACCAUUUAUUAAAGAAAGGAAAUAUAACAGAUGAUGAGUUCAAUAUCAUUGAAAAAUGUUGGUAUUCACAACCAGAAAAAAGACUCACCAUUAACGAAAUAGUUCCAAAAAUAGAAAAAAUAAAGGAUGGACAUGGGGACGAAGGACGGGAAUAUAGGCCGAAAGACGUCCUUUGUGGUUUAGGGACGUCCUCCCGUUAUAAAGGACGUCCUCCUGUGUAUAUGGUGUCCUUUCUAUUAUUUUCGUGUCCGCGGCAUUUUUUAUUCAUUAUCGAAACUAUAUAA